CUUUCCUCAACACAUUCCCCUACGCCCGCUCGGCCAACAUGUCUGACCAUUCCUCCCUCUUCAACACCAUUGGAGAUUUAGUUGGACCCUUCAAUCUGUCGGUGCAGCUACGAAUCACAUACAACCACAGGCUUGUCAUUAAUGGCUGUGAUUUAAGGCCUUCUGCAACUGUCACUCGGCCUAUGGUUGAAGUUGGCGGAGAAGAUUUCAGUACUUUCUACACCCUUAUAAUGGUGGACUUGGAUGCACCAAACCCUAGCAAUCCGACACUGAGAGAGUAUUUACACUGGAUUGUGACUGAUAUCCCAGGAACAACAAAUGUAAGAUUUGGAAGGGAGUUGAUAAGCUACGAGAGUCCUCGUCCGGUGAUAGGGAUUCACCGCAUCGUCUUCAUGCUCUUUCGCCAGCUUGGCAGAAACACAGUCUUCGAACCCGCGCUCAGGCACAAUUUCAGCACACGCAACUUCGCACAAGAAUACAAUCUCACCACCUUCUCUCUCGCCUAUUUCAACUGUCAGCGUGAAGCAGGCUCUGGUGGCCGCAGGUUCCAAAACUAAUCA